AUGGAUGUAGCAGUCUCAGAUUAAUGUAACUGUGAGAAGCUUCUAUCAUAAGCUGAUUGCAAGGCAAAAUAAGGAUGUUUCUGGUCUACAACAAAUUCUAUAUGUUCAAAAAUGGAUUCUGGAAGCAGUUCCACUGAAGGAUUUUGUGGAUCAAUAAGUGAUAGCAACACCUGUUCUAAAACAAAAGGUUGCGCUUAUAUAGACUCUGUAUGUUAAAUAUUUGCUGGCUGUUCAGCAUAUAAAGGUGCAACAGAUGCUGAAUGCUAAGCUAUAUCAAAACAAUGUAAUUCAGAUGGACAAGCAUUUUGUAUUGAUCCUGGAACUUGUACAACUUAUAAAACAUAAGAAGAUUGUACAGGAAAGGGAAGUAGUGGAGGAUCAGGUACAUGUGUUUGGGAUACAGUCUGUAGAGAAUAAAAAUGUACUGAAGCAGAUGUUACUUUUAACACAGAUGCUAAAUGUAAUAACUUUAUCAAAGGAUGUGUUACAACAGGAAAAGGAUGUACAAGUUCCUUAGGAUAAUGUUCAGCUUAUAGUGGAGAUAUAGAAAGUUGUGAAGGAUUAAAAGGAUCGGAUGGUUAUUGUAAAGGAGUAGAAGGAAAGGAUAAGUGUACAGUAAAAGUAUGUAUUGAUGCUGAUGUAACGUUAACGACAAACGAAGCCUGUGCUAAGUAUUAGAUUGGUUGUGUUACAAAUGGUUAUGGGUGUGUUAAGUCUCCUUUGGGAUCCUGUUCUACUUAAACCGGAGACAAUUUAGUAUGUGCAAAUAAGAUAGGAUAAGAUGGUAAGUGCAAAGGAGUAACUGAAGGAAAGACAUGUAGCGUUGUUGAAUGUAAAGAUGCUCCUGAAACUCAUUCAGCUGAUGAAGAAUGUUCUAAGUACAAGUCUGGAUGUGUUACUACAGGCAAAGGGUGUACUACUCAAAAAGGUGUUUGUGCUUCAUACAAAGGAACUUCUUCAACAUGUGAUGGAUUUGUAGGUUCUGAUGGUAAAUGUAAAGGUACAUCAGAUACUGAAACUGCUUGUUCUGCAAAAGUCUGUAAAGAUGCUGAUUCUACUUUGGAUACUGAUGCUAAAUGUGAUGAUUAUUAGACUGGAUGUAAAACAACUGGUAAAGGUUGUAUCUCUACUUUAUCAAAUUGUUCUUCUUAUACUGGAGAUUCUACGAGUUGUGAUGGAUAUAUAGGUCUUGAUGGUAAAUGUGCUGGUGGGGCUAGUAGUGGUAGCUGUUUCCCUAAAAAAUGUUCAGAGGCUUCUCUUUCAUUAUUGCUACUGGAACUGAUGGUUGUAUGGAUGCUGGUAUGUGUAGUACAUUAGAGAAUAACAAUCAAUGUGAUGGNGGGGUCAGUUUAAUUUAAGUUUAAAAGGAGAAGAGAUUAAUUUGAAAAUUGA